AGUAGUUACGAUGUCUCGUUUGGCUUUGGUUGUCGUGUUUGCUUUGGUGGGAUCCUGCUUCGGAGGAAUUACUCCGUACUCGGAUUGGGCUGGCCGCGUCGUCGGUGGUUCUGAUGCUGCCCUCGGUCAGUUCCCGUACCAGGCUUCGAUCCGCACCCCAGCCAAUCAGCACUUCUGCGGUGGAUCCAUCAUCAGUAGCACAUGGAUCCUGUGCGCUGCUCACUGCACCCAAGGUCGUACCCCAGCCAAUACUGAAGUCGUUGUAGGAAUUUUGGGCCGAUUCGAGGGUACUAGACUGCCCAUCAGCGAAAUUAUCAAUCACCCCGAGUAUGGUUCCAUUUCUCUGGACAACGACAUCUCGCUGAUUCGUUUGGCUGCCCCAUUAACAUUCGGACCCAACGUUGCCGCCGUUCAGUUGGCAGAUCAGCGUAUCACCCAAGGAAAUGCCAUCGUCUCCGGAUGGGGUCAAACCGACCACCCGGGUGAUGCUGCUGAAGUGUUGCAGUUUGUGAGCAAGCCAAUCAUCGAUAAUGAUGCGUGCCGAGCCCAGCACAACGCCAUCAAUGCCUUGCGAGUCCGUGACAACAACAUCUGUGCCGGAGGUGAACUCGGCGUUGGAGCCUGUAUGGGCGAUUCCGGUGGCCCGCUAACUAUUGGAGGAAUCCAGGAAGGUGUUGUAUCCUGGGGUAUUGCCUGUGCUCAGGGUGUUCCGGAUGUGUAUGCUCGUGUUUCGUCCCACCGCGACUGGAUCCGACAGAACACCGGUGUCUAAAAUGUGAUGUGGGAAAUUUCCUAAAAAUAAAAUAAUUCUGAAUCUA